AUGCUGCAUUUACCAUCGAUGUUAGUUUAUGGUUUACUGUCAUUUAGUAUGGCGUUUUUGAACAAAGCAUUAUUUGAAGUGACUGGUUUUAAAAAUAGUUUUUUUGUUAUUUUAAUCCAAUUAGCCUUUCUUUUAGUCUCAUUUUAUGUGUUUAAAAUUCUCAAUUUGGUUAAACUUCCACCGUUAACUUAUUUAGAAUGUAAAAAUUUCAUAUUACCGUCACUUAUGUAUAGUUUAACAACGGCAUUAUCAUUAAAAGCAUUAAUCGGUUUAAAUGUUGCUGUGUACGUUGUAGUCAAAAGAUGUACACCAGCGUUCACGUUCAUAUUGGCAGCAUUUGUGUUGAAAAAACAAAAGUUCAGCUUAACUCUUGGUCUAUCUGUUUGUGCAAUAACCACUGGUGCCAUAAUUACAUCUGCAGGAGACUUGAAAUUUGAUUUGAUAUCUUAUAUUAUUGGUGGUUUAAGCGUGUUAGCUCAUGCCUUAUAUUUACUACUGAUACAACGCUGUGGAGAAGAUAAAUCAUCAGUUGAUGUUUUAUAUAUUAAUUCUGUAUUAUCAUUACCAUUUAUUUUUAUAUUAACAUUAUUUAGUAAUGAAUGGACAAGUGUAAAAAAUUAUAAUGGCUAUACAACAUGGACAUUUUGGCUAUUUUUUCUAUUUUCAACGAUGGGUGGUAAUUUAUUAAAUUAUUCAACGUUUUGGUGUACAAUGAAAAAUAGUGCAUUAACUACAAGUGUUGUCGGUGUUCUAAAAUCGAUAUUACAAAUUCUAUUUGGCAUAUUUACAUUUGAAAGACUUGAUUUGAACAUUUAUACAAUAGGUGGAAUAACAUUGAGUUUAAUCGGUGGAACAAUGUUUAGUUAUGCAGAAUAUCAUGCGAAAGUAAAUCGUAAUAAACGAACACCAGCAAGUAUGAAUAAUGAAAUCAGUACCCAAGAAAACAAUCAACAACACCAAGUUGAUCUAGAAAACUCAGCUGACGAUAAUGAAAAGUUUGUUUAUAUUAGAAAGAUACAUAAUUAA